AUGAGCGAUCUGAGCACAAUUGUGAAUCUGAUCUUGUAUUUCAUCAACGUUGGCUUUCUUGAAAAAACAGAGAAGUGCAGCUGUCACGACUGUCACCAACCCUGCCGACGAACCCAAGCCUGUUUUCUCGACUUCAUUAAUAGGUUUUUCGUGAUAAAGAAAUUUUCGAGAUCCGUCGCUAGUCGUCUUCUUUGUAGUGUCAUCUUGAGUGUGAUAUCCUGGGUCCGAAUAGAGCGUUAUGACAAUAUCGUAGGACAGACUCAGACUUCCAUAUGCUACCGCUGUGAAGAUAGUUGCCUCUAUGAAAGGAUUUUUGAGUCCCUCUUUCUCGUGGCACUCAAAGUUCUCGUCAAUGGUGUAAUUCCACUCCAGGGAAGCAAACUGAGGCGAUUUGACGGUGAUUGUUUUUGGCUGGUUCUCGGUAUACUUGGCUUCAACCACAGCAUGCAUUCGAGACGACAAUGCCGUGACAUAGGCACUGAACCGUUCUUCUAG